UAAAAUUGACUCUUCGAGUCUUCAGCCUCAGGAAUGUUUUCCAAAAAGCCUCAUGGGGACGUUAGAAAAUCAACACAGAAAGUGUUGGAUCCAAAGAAGGACGUCUUAACGAGGCUCAAACAUCUCAGAAUAGUCAUAGAAAAUGCAGAGCCACCAGAGCUGAAGCAGUUCUUUGACCUGAACUACUCCCAUAUCUACUAUGUUUUCUUUGAGAACUUUGUCACCAUUGAGGUUAGCCUCAAGCAAAAGGGUCACAAGUCUCAGAGGGAGGAGUUGGACUCAAUUCUCUUCAUUUUUGAGAAAAUCCUCCAGCUCCUCCCAGAAAAAAUCCAGAGCCGAUGGCAAUUCCACUCCAUCGGACUGAUCUUAAAGAAGUUGUUGCACACUGGUAACUCUUUAAAGAUCCGUCGAGAAGGUGUCCGCUUGUUCUUGCUCUGGAUGCAGGGAUUACAGAGUAAUGCUCAACACGAGCAACUUUGCAUCUUUGCUUGUCUAAUUCCUGGCUUCCCUUCUCCACUCUGCCAUGGCACUCCACGUACUUUGGACACUCUGAUCAACCCACCACUGAGUUUAACUGAGACUCAAAUAACCCCAGAGGAGAUCACCCCACUGGUACAUCCCCAGUCAGGUGACAAGAACCAGGAGGACCUUACCGCUUUCUUCUUGGAAGCACUACUGAAAUACAUGGUAAACCAGGCGAAAUCUCUUGAGUGGCGUUGUAAAGAGAAUCAUGAACGUGGAUUCAGCUUCCUCUUUGGUCACUUCAGGAGGUAUUACCUUCCUCACAUCUUUCCAAACUUUGCUUUGGAAACCAGCCUGUUCAACCCCAUUCUAGAGGUUCCUCCAAUGCGUCCUAAGCCCUACUACAGUGUGGUGCGCAGAGACCAGGAUGGAGGUGAAGUUCUCUAUUGUACCAAGGAAAGCUUCCUUCAAGCCCGAGUAAUCUUCAUCCGCUGGCUUGUUUCCUUUUGGUUGGAGGCACGACCGAACACACACACACAGAUUCCAGGGACUGAAGGCGAAAACAUCCCCAAGAACAUACAGCGAGCAGCAGCUGGGUUUGCUGCUCGCUCUGCUGGCAGCUCAGACGACGGCAGUGUCACUGGUUUGCGGUCUGACACCCAUCCAGAGGGGAGUGCCAGCUCAUCUGGACCAGGGGGAGGCACUAUGGGCCUCAGUGGGACUACUGGACCGAUGGGAGAAACUGAACAAUGCCACUCCAACACAUCAACAUUAACAGAGCGGGAGCCCAGUUCCUCCUCACUGUGCUCUAUGGAUGAAGAACAGUUGACAGACAUGGAGGUGGUGAGGCGAGUCCUGACCACCUCCAGAACCAGCAUCAACUUCAUCACGGAGAUCUUCAGACAGGCAUUUCUCCUUCCACUGUGUGAAGCUGCAGCAAUGCGAAAAGUGGUCCGUGUUUAUCAGGAGUGGAUAUCUAUGGAGGACAAGCCAGUAUUUAUGAAGGAGCCAGAGGAGGGCCCGUAUCCCAUAGCAUCAGCCAGUAGUAUGGACACUGCCUCAGACAAGGAUGACGAGGGAAUAAAUAAAAUGAUUGAUAGUGAAUUAUUGGAAUAUAGUGUUCAUGCAGGAGUUCAAACUACACUACAGGUAUUUAUUACCCAUUCCUCCAACGUUUUUUUAAUGGAGCCAGCCAAUGAUAUCAAAUUCCUUUUAGAGGAACAUGUCGACAUGUGCAAGCGAGUCUUAAACAUCUACCGCAGCCUUGUCAUGCAUGAGACCAUGGACCAGAAAACAUGGGAGCAGAUUUUGCUAGUUCUACUGAGAGUGACAGAGUCAGUGAUGAAGAGACCUCCAUCCAUUAUGCCUCAAGGAAAGAAAAACAACACACUUUCAGGAAGGCUGGCUGGUCCUAUCUUUCAGACAUUGAUUGUAGCCUGGAUUAAGGGGAAUUUAAACGUCUACAUCAGCAGAGAACUAUGGGAUGACCUCCUCUCGGUCCUCUCUUCCCUAACCUGCUGGGAGGAGCUGGUAACCGAAUGGUCCCUGACAAUGGAGACUCUUACAAAGGUGUUGGCGAGGAACCUCUACAGUGUUGAUUUGAACGAACUUCCUCUGGAUAAGCUCAGUGAGCAAAAACAGAAGAAACAUAAAGGAAAAGCCAUAGGUUCAGAAGGCCAGCGCCAGCUAGUGGAUCGUUCCUUCUCUAAAGGUUGGAGCAGAGACCAACCAGGUCAGGUAGCCAUGAGACAACGUAGUGCCACCACAGCUGGUUCACCAGGCAUCGAAAAGGCUCGAAGCAUUGUCCGUCAAAAGACAGUCGACCUUGAGGACCCACCAAUCACACUGACAUCCCGGCCAUCUAGACUGCGCCACUCGUCCCAGAGCGAUGAGACCCCUCCGACCUCUUGUUCCGAGGUGUUCCAAGGAGGAGCUUGUGACCCAGAUAACCCAGCCCUUUCAUCUCUUCCAAGGAGCAGCAGUGCCUCUGACAUCAUGGAGCCAUUUAUUGCAGAGCGGGUCAAAGGUGAAGAGCCACAGGGGGAUCCCAGUACAAUUCCAAACCUCCAUCACCCCACUACUACUACCUUACUUUCAACCAAUAGCCAUGCAGCUCAACCACUCCCAUGUCCUUUCCCCUCCUCCUCUCCUACACCCCUUUCACUCCCCAAUGGUAUUAUUUCCUCAACCUCUGAGGGACUUGAUGACUUAAGUGAGUAUGACCACAUUGGUUGUCAAAGCCGAGGUUCAAGUUCUGAUUGGGUAAGGAACUGGGAUAGUGCCUUUACAUUUUCUGCUGAGAAGGAGAUUGAUAUAGAGGAGAAAGAAGUAGGCAUUGACCCAAAUGAGGAUGAUUUGUUCUCUUCAAUUAGGGACUGUCUCACUCACAGAGCAUCUGAGAGAAAUGAGGCAGCUAGAUUGGCAACAAGCCUUGAAUUAGAAAAUGACAUUCGAACUUCUCUAUCAGAGAAAAUUGAUCUGAUUACUGGUGAAACAGAAUUCAUACGAGAGGCACAAAAGGUGGUUGACAAACAGAUUUCCAAGGAAGAUAGGCAGGUAAGUAAUUCAAUUAGACGUAGUGUUAACUCCAGAGAGGAAAUUGAGACAGAACAACGCAGCAUCUACGAGUGUCUGGAAAUGCAGUGUCAGUGGCCAUCGCUAAGUGCAAAAGGGAGCUUAGGACUCAAUAAUGAGAAGGACAAAGGGGAUGUAGGUGGAGGAAAUGUAGUUGAAGGAGUAGAUUGGGAAGGAAAGGGUGAUUAUUGGAGGGAAAUAGGAGACAAAAAGGAUGAUAAAAACAGAACCACAAACAAAAACCUCUGUUUCAUGAAACCAGACCCUAAUACAGUACCAUUUACCAAUGAAGCAAUUCAAACCCCCAAAACUUCAGACUCACCCAAACCCAAGAUGAGCCGUAACACCAAAAAGAAUCACUCUAGUAGUGUCCACGUUAGCUUCAAACCUUCCACUGAAUCAGUCCAGUUCCACAACCCUCUUGAGAAUAAAGAAGCCCACUGGAAAGCCAGGCUGCGUCGACUAAGUCACUUUCACACUCACAGCCACUCUGCUGGUGAUAGGCAAGGAGCUGGGGCAGGAACAGGAGGGAAGCAGGGAGUAAGCACCGCCGGUAAGUUCACCUCUGUGGCUGCUGUUAGUCACAAAGUAGGGGGCCACGAGAGAUUAGCAGUAGACGUCAUUGGGCCUCAGGGUACAGUAGGUGCUGGAGGCCUGGAAAUCAGGACUGGCUGCGGAGCAGUGGACAAGGACAAACAUCAGCAUCCAGGUUCCUGUGUGGGAUCCAAUUCAAUGCAUGAGUCACAGUUUGAUGUCUUACCAAGCAGUUCUGGUGCAUCAUCAGGGGUGCGAGGCCGACUGGGACGGUCUGCCUUGCGUUCUCGGGCUUCCCGCUCUCGCUCCCAGGAGCCUGGCAGCUCCGUCUCUCGACACCACCAGGGGGCUCUUCUUGGUGGGGUAUAUAAAACUGUGGUUCAUGCUUUGUCCACCAAGCCCCGCCCCCGUGGUCAGGGGUCAUCGCAAGGUUCGUCACCACAGCGCCAAGGGCGGGCUGCAAUGGGUGAUGCUUCACUAAGAGACCUCUACUCCCAUGUCCUGGGCUACUUUGGACGAAAGUCUACCAUGCCAGCUAACAAAGAGGAGGUGCUACAAAAGGCACGUCCCGUCUCCACUGAUGUUGGAAACAGCAAUCCUAAUUUCUCUGAUCUAAUGGACGAGUUCAUUCAGGAAAGACUUAGAGCUAAAGGAACAGUGGAGCGCCGUGGCAGCAGCCCGGGUAGUCUAGAAGUUCCACAGGACCUGCCAGAGCUAUUAGAGGCUGGCCAAAGUCCUGGAUCUCGACCCUUAGAUGACCUCAGGCCAAUUGAUGAUCCCGGGGUACCUUCAGAGUGGACAUCUCCUGCCAGUGCCAGUGGCUCAGACAUUGUCAGUUCUGAUAGCCAAUCUGACUCAUUCAAUGCUUUUCAAUACCCGAGAUGCAAGUUCGAUAAUUUUGCGUUUAAUUCAGAACCCUGUGGCAGUGGAGAUCGUGGAAGCUCACUGGACCAGGACAGCCUGGGAGGUGGUGUUGCCUGUGAUGAACAUGAAGUAGCGAGUUUGACGACGCUUCAUAUUGACUCUGAGACCAGUAGCCUUAGCCACACAGUCACUGUCACUGGUUCUGAAAGUGCAUCUCCCAUGCAUUCUCUCGGGGGCUCUCGUUCCCAGACCCCUUCCCCAGCGACAUUGACAGCGGAACAAAUCGUUCGCACACACUCUCACUCACGCACACAUUUGCAGCUGGAUCAAAGACUCCACAACUCUGUGCUGCAGACUCCUGAUGAUCUCGAAAUCCCUGAGUUCCCUGGUGAGGACUGUAGCGUCAUGGCGGGUGGCUCCCUUACUGGAUGGCAUGCAGAUGUUGCAACAGUAAUGUGGCGGAGAAUGCUGGGCAUUUUGGGGGAUGUGAAUACCAUCAAAGACCCAGAGAUUCAUGCUCAGGUUUUUGAUUACCUGUGUGAACUGUGGCAAAACCUUGCAAAGAUCAGAGAUAAUUUGGGUAUUUCUCAUGACAACCAGUCAUCUCCCCCUCCUCCUGUUCUGAUUCCACCCCUUAGAAUCCUUACUCCCUGGCUCUUUAAGGCCACAAUGCUGACUGAGCGUUACAAACAGGGAAAACUUCAUGCCUAUAAGCUUAUCUGCAGGAUUAUGAAGAGGCGCCAAGAUGUGUCUCCAAACACAGACUUUCUCACUCACUUCUACAACAUCAUGCACCAAGGACUGCUGCACCAAGACCAGGACAUUGUGAACACCAUCAUCAAGCACUGCAGUCCCAGGUUCUUCAGUGUUGGUCUACCUGGAGCCACCAUGUUGAUUCUUGACUUCAUCAUUGCAGCUUCUAGAGUCACAGCUUGCUCAUCAUUAAAUGCUCCAAGGGUAGAAGCCCAGAUACUUCUUGGAUCACUUGUGUGUUUUCCAAACUACUAUGGGGAGCUCCCUGCCCUUCACCCCACCAUAGCUGAUGUGGCACUCACAAAGUUUCCUGAUGUUAAGGAGCAUGUUAUCAAAACUAUACUGACCUCUGCGAGGGAUGAACCCUCUGCUCCUGCGAGGUGUGUAGCUUUAUGCAGUCUGGGCAUCUGGCUGGCAGAGGAGCUUGCUCACGGGACCCAGCAUCCACAGAUUAAUGAUGCUCUUAAUGUCAUCUGUGUCACUCUAAAGUAUCCUAAUAAGAAUGUUGCACUGGUGGCAUCAGACGUCCUUCAUCUUUUGAUAAGUUACGUGAAUCACCUUCAGAAAUUUCCCAUUGACACGCCAAAGAAGAUAGUAGAGAUUUUGAUUGCCACCAUUACCCACUUGCUACCCACUACUGAGUCCUCUCCUUAUGAACUGGAUAAGAGGCUGGUUGUGUCCCUCCUGUUGUGUCUUUUGGACUGGGUGAUGGCUCUCCCUCCAAGCACUCUACUUCAACCUGUUCAAAUACGAAGCCCCCCAGACAAGGACCAGCUGCCGAAAACCCUCCUCAGCUGCAUUUAUAAGGUUUUGCAUGGCUGUGUGUAUGGAGCCCAGUCUUUCAGCAGCCCCAAGUAUUUUCCACUGCAGCUGUCAGAUCUAUCAAGUUCAGACUACGAUCCAUUUUUGCCAUUAGAGAGCCUCAGAGAACCUGAACCGCUGCAUAGUCCAGAGUCUGAGCGCUCCAGCAAACUUCAGCCUGUCACUGAAGUCCGUAGUCGUAUCCAACAGGGUCUGGUUUCCAUUGCAGCCAGAACUGUUAUCACCCACCUUGUUAACCAUCUAGGACAUUACCCAAUGUCUGGAGGCCCAGCUACUCUCUCCAGCCAGGUGUGUGAGAACCAUGACAACCCAUAUUGUGAAAGUGCAGAUCUUGGACCAGAACUCUUCCACUCACCAAAUCUACAGUUCCUGUCAUUGAAUGGCUCUACACUACUCUCUGUCCUUCAGAUUCGGUCAGAGUCUGGUGUACCAGGAGGUGGAAUGACAGCUGGUUUGUCCUCUGCUCCUGCCUGUGUUCGUGUUAUCAUUCGGGAUGUUGCUGGAAAGCACUCAUGGGACUCUUCUGUUCUCUAUGGGCCUCCACCAUCCUCACCAAGUAGUCCUGCACGCACAGUAUUGACUCACACACAAUCCCCUCAUAGUGUGAAUCUCCAUCAACGCACCCCAGCCAAAAAGAUCAAAGAGGAGGAGAGAGAAGGCAGUCAAGAAGACCAGAAUGAAGAGUCAGAGGAGGGAGGAAGUGCAAUAGAGUGUUAUAGUCCUGACCUGGAGGGAGAGAUGGAUGAGGAUGGAGAGCGCAGCAAUGUUGCUGAAGAAGAAACUGUACGACUGCAAGGAGGUCAAGGAGAAGAGGAAAAGGAGAAACAGGUGGAGGGGAAUAGGGAACAUAGCAUGAGUGGGGAGGGGAACAGGACGGAGGUGGUCUUUGACCAGCUUCUAGCUCCACCAAUGGCAAAACGGGUAUGUCGGGAGGUGGUACCAGUAUGGGACUCACUUAGAGAUGGAGAUGAUGCGCUGGAUGAAAUGCUGCAGUACCUUGGAUACUCAAGUCCUGAGUGUCUACAAAGAGCAGGAAUGCCACUCAAUAUCCCAAUCCCGCCACCAGCUUGUGUUUCAGAGAAACAGGAGAAUGAUGUGAUCAAUGCCAUCUUGAAACAAAGUGCAGCUGAGCGAGAGUUUAUCCUUCAUAGAGGUGAGGAGUUAAACAUGAGAGCAGCGGAACAGAGUGAACCAGAGACUCAGACACCGCAGUCAGCCUUCUACUACUGCAGGCUACUAAUCAACAUUGUGGGACUCAACUCCUGGGAGAAAAGGAGUAACUUUCAUUUAUUGAGGAAGAAUGAGAAACUAUUGCGAGAGCUGAAAAACCUGGACUCACGACAGUGUCGGGAGACACAUAAAAUAGCUGUUUUUUAUGUAGCUGAAGGUCAAGAAGACAAACAUUCAAUACUCACCAAUACUGCAGGAAGCCAGGCAUAUGAAGACUUUGUUUCUGGACUGGGUUGGGAGGUGGACCUGACCACUCACUGUGGUUUUAUGGGAGGACUCCAGAGGAACCGCAGCACAGGCCAGACCACACCUUAUUAUGCCACCUCUACGACAGAGGUUAUCUAUCAUGUGUCAACACGAAUGCCCCAUGACCAGGACCACAAUCUUACUAAGAAGCUGAGACACCUGGGUAAUGACGAGGUCCACAUCGUUUGGUCGGAACAUUCCAGAGACUAUCGCAGAGGCAUCAUCCCUACGGAGUUUGGUGACGUGCUAAUCGUCAUUUACCCCAUGAAAAACAACAUGUAUUCCAUUCAUAUCCUCAAAAAACCUGAGGUACCAUUUUUUGGUCCCCUGUUUGACGGCGCCAUUGUGGACAUGGAGAUUUUGCCAACAAUGGUCAGAGCCACUGCCAUAAAUGCAAGUCGUGCACUGAAAUCACUCAUUCCUCUCUACCAGAACUUCUAUGAGGAGCGUGCCCGAUACUUGGAAACCAUUGUGCAGCACCAUCAAGAGCCAACCACCUUUGAAGAUUACGCUGCCCGGGUCUAUAGUCCUGCUCCCUGCACUCAUCUUCCGACUGACCCAGGCUCCUGCCUCGAGAUUCUUCGGUCAGAAAGUCCGGCACUUGGGGAGGCCGGGAGCGACUCGGCCUCCCCCAUGUCUCCUCGAACUAGCAAGAUGCGCAUGUCCAUGAAGCUUCGACGGUCCUCUGGAUCGGCCAACAAGACUUGACGUGACGUGUGCAUAUCACACCCCCCUGUACCUGAUUCAAACUGGACUUUCGUUGAAACAAAGUACAGGAAAAAUAAUGAAUUUGGCUGUUGUAGUCACAUGCUCCAAAAAUACCUGUUAUACGCUGUGCUACUGUAUUUUGUGGAAUAUACUAUAACUUUGUUUCACAUCUGCGCUACGCUGCUGCUUUUGUAUUCAUCUUUGUUCCAUGUGCGUCUUGAUGUACUAUAGUUGCACACAAACUCGUGUGCCACCCGGUUGUUAGGAGACCCGUUCUUCAUGAGAUAUUCAGUCUUGCGGGAUUUUGUGAGAAUUACUGUAUAAUUUUAUUAUUUCAGUGGAAAGUUGCACGAAGCUAAGACUAUUUUUGUUCUCACUGCAGCGUUCCAUCAACGAAGUUAAAGACAGAUUUCGAAAUUGACCUCGUAAAAUGUAAAUAAUCUACAAGUAAUUUGCCAACAAUGGAAAGGUUCGAGCCAUAAAACAAACACAUUCUGUAUAUUGAACAGGUCAAAUUGAACAAAUGGGUUGUAGGUUGUUUUUUCUUUCGGGGGGGGGCUGUAAAAUGUGGACAAGCACUGAUUUUACUUUUAUUUUUUCCUCCAGUCAGUUCAGUUGGUUGGUCACUAUUAUUAUGGCAAAUCUUUAAUCGCCCUUUGUCGUUCAACGCAACAGAACCACUGCAUCAUCUUUCUUUAGAAUUCUGAGUAUAAAUGUAUAUAUUAGAUGCGAUAUGCUGUUAGGUGACGAUAGCUGCAAAAACCAAAUGUGGAUUCAAGCUACAAUGUUUCCUGCUUCGACACUUCCUCUUUUGGAACUAGAAAGCACUUCAGCCUGGAAUGGAUUUAACUCUUACAGCAAAAUUAAAAUACGUCACUAAAAUUAUUCAAUAUCAUUGUAUCGUCUGAAAUAAAGCUCUGAAGUACCAUUGUUGGGGAUGACUUGCUAAAAAAAAAAAAGGUAGAAGUGCCUUAAAACAAAUUCAAAACGCCUGAGGUGUCACAGCACUGAAACGCCCUCAGAAGGUUUUUCCCACUCGGUAUCUUUUUGGGAAAUACUCGUGGCUGUUGGCUGUCGAAAGCUUAUCUGGAUUCAAGUUCUUCCGCUCACAUAACAUGAUGACAAACUUUGCCAGUGUUUACCUUUUUCAAUGCUGUUAAAGUGCAUUUCACAGCUUUGGUUGUUUUUGCUGUUAGAAUUUUGAUCAUUGUCUUUUUUCCCCCCACUGUAGAUUCUAUUUUCACAAGAAAUAUAGAACUUGUUCCAUAUAAAAAUAUGCCACGGUUAAAAUAUAUAUACAUAUGUAAGGAAUUUCACUGUAUGUUUGUUGCCGGUGAUGGUCGUGAAAUACUAUUUGUUUUAAGCAUUUUGCAUAUUUCAAUACUUUUUCAUUAUCCCAAUAUGGCCUCCUGUAAGAAGAACCCAUUGAAUUCUCUAAACAUUGAAUGUCUUUGAACCAGUUGCUUAAGUUAACCAGAUGACUAGAAUCACACUGGUUUCAAGUCACAUGACAAAAAAAUAAAGCUAAUCUUUAGUUA